AAGUGUCUCGGCUCUGAACAUUGAUUCGUUAUGAAAAUACAGCUGUCAUACAAACUGCCCCAAAAAUCGAUUUUUGGGUUAUCUAAAAAGCGUGUCUAAAAGAGUGAAGACGAGCUGGUGAAAAUUGAACAAGUAUACCAGUUUGUAGAAAAUUGUUCGCUCUACAAGAUGUGAUAGUUUAUCAAGUUCGAAAUUAUUCUAAUUAAUCUGUAUUAAUCAAAGAAAAAACAGAAAAACGGUAACACUGUGACACUCUUGAUCGUUUUUUGGGCAGUUUGUAUGACAGCUGUAUUUUCAUAAUGAAUCAAUGUUCAGAGCCGAGACACUUUUCAUUUUGUAGAGAAAUGUUUAAUCUACUUAAUCAUCUAGUUUCCAUUUUAGAUUAAUUUGUAGCUUUAUUGCAAUAAUUUCGAAAAAGAGCAAGAAAUGGAGGCUGUUAGCUGAACAAGCCGAUUACCUCUUAAUGUCGAGAAUUACGGUAUAGCUCGAUGAGAGGAUUUUACUCUUCUAAUCUAUAUAUUCAAGGAAAAAUUCAUGAAGUCUAAAGUGAGAAGAAUAGUCGUGUUUCAAAAUGAAGACCAUGCACACACACACUCAUCAGAAAAUUGUUUUUUGGUCGAGAAACUGAGCUCGAGUUUCAUAACUCUACUUCUUAUAAAAGCCUACAGAAACCAACUAAUGAAGAUUUUGAAAAACGAUUCUUCACGCUAUUUAGUUACGUUGAAAAAUUGAAAUCGUUUUUUCGACUGAAAAUAGAUGGUCUGAUGAGUGCAUGUGUGUGUAUCUUUCCUUGAUAACAUUUGUAGGAAUAGAAUUAAAAUAAUAAAUGUUUUCUGACCUUAAAUAAUAACAUAUGACCUAAUGUUGUUUUAGCAACAUGCGUGGAUAACAAAAUUGCAAUCGUCUAAAACCGAAUUGCAAGAGUUUCGUCGAAAAAGUAAACGUCUUUUAUAUUCAAUAAUGCCAAGACAUAUUGCACACAUGUUGCAAGAAGGUAUUCAGCCAAAUUCGAUAUGUGAAUCUCAUAAGUUGAUUACCAUAAUGUUUGCCUAUUCAAUGGAUUUCAAAGAAGUUAUUCAGAAACUUGAUCCGACAGAAAUUGUUGAAUGUAUGAAUCAAAUGGUAAAUGUAUUUGAUAAAUGUACAGAAAAAUUUAAUGUUUUUAAAGUUGAAACAAAAGCCGAUGCGUCCUAUAUGAUUGUUGCUGGAUUUCAAGAUCGACCAAUGAAUCAUCAUCGUAAAAACUCUCAGGCGAGCGUUGCAACAACAAUAAACUCAGCGACUGCUGAUGAUAUCACUCUUAAUGCAAAAAAUCCACUGAACUUAAAUCAAGCUGAAGUAAUUGCGGGUUUGGCGCUAGAUUUACUGAAACAUUCUAGAAAAAUUAUCAAUCCGAUCACAAAAGCGCCAUUUCGUGUCAAAUUUGGCCUUCAUUCUGGUGGGGCUGUUGGUGGCAUUGUUGGUCAUAAAAACUUUCAAUAUUGUCUGUUUGGCGAUACUGUGAAUACAGCAUCACGUGUAACCACGACUGGCGACGUUGGUAAAAUACACGUCAGCGAUACGUCUUAUCAUUUAUUGAAAUCAUCACAAUAUUUUGAGUUAGCCUUUCGAGGAAGAACCGAAAUGAAGGGAAAAGAAGUAAUGACAACAUAUUGGCUGACUGGUGCCAAACCAGCUUACUUGAAUCAAGUUGAAGCACUGAAUGAAUUAUCAGAGACGAAUGAAUCGUCCGCAGCGACGGUGUUCCAACAAACAAUGUAUCAAUUAAGUACAUUACCUGACGCAAAAAAGGAAGAGACUCAAGAAAAUAGCUUAGAGGAAAAUACCAAAAAUUCGGACAAUAAAAAUGCAACAGGAGAACAACAGUCACCAGCUAGAAGACUAUCAAAAAAUGUGUUAAAUACACUAGCGUCAAGUACACUGUCUGAUCAAUGUCCAUUUUCCGGAAUGAAAACA